AUGAAAGGAGGCAAGCUGAUGGUGCGAUGGAUGGGACCUUUUAGCAUUGUACAAGAACUCCCCACCAGUUUCCUGAUUGAAAACUUGCUGACGACGGAAACGUUUGACGUUCACGCGAUCCGACUAAAACAUUACGCGGAUGACAUGCUCAGUGUGACAGAGGAGAUAAAGCAUCACAUGUCACUUCAAGGGAUCAACUUGGGGCUUGAAGACGCAAAAGAUUCAUGGAAAUCAAUGGGCGGUAUCGUGAAGGCAGUUCCAGAGAUUAGAGGGCAUUCGUGGAGACGUGUGAUAACGCAAGGCUCAUCCGGCAUUACAAUGAAGAGUUCGAGUAUGAAGCUGGGUAGUCAAGUCUUGGGGGAAGUGUGGACGAAUGUCCAGGUAUCAGACUUGCCAACACCCUACAGUGGGUAA